AUGGAGGAUGACCGAAAACCCACCACGUACCCGACCCCAACCCGCCACACCAACCCCCCUAAACCACCCCACACCAAACCCUACCCCCCCCCGCCCCCCCCGCUGCGGCGCGUGGAGGAGAACAGAGGGGACAAGUGGACGACGAGGCGACCAAUACACGAAGAGGGUGUUGACCCGCCCCCCCGAGCCCGCCCCCCCGCCCCACCCCCCUACCUCGCCCGCCCCCCCGGAGUGGUAAUGUUAAAGGUGUGGUUCCCGCCGCCCGACCAAAUAGUAGGAGAGAUGAGACUCACUGCUUCACGACACAACAUAUAUCCUAUUACUAAUCCUCUAUCACCAACUGCUCCUGCUCAACCCCUGUUGUCACACCUAACAACCAUAGCUACUGCUAUGCCUCCAUACUACUCGCUCCUAAUCCGCUCUUUUUCUCUCAAGACUCAGUGCAAUGCCGUCGCCGCUUAUUCAGCCAUUUGUAAGGUCACGAUCGAGCAACUUUGUAUCUACAUCAACUCGCUGCUUCCGUCCAUGAUCACUGACAAUGUCUGA